CCCAGGCCCUGCAUUCACUAUAUUUGGUCUCCCCGGACCCUGCAUUCACUAUAUCUGGUCUCCCCGGACCCUGCAUUCACUAUAUCCGGUCUCUGCGGACCCUGCAUUCACUAUAUCUGGUCUCCCCGGACCCUGCAUUCACUAUAUCUGGUCCCCCCGGUCCCUGCAUUCACUAUAUCUGGUCUCCCCGGACCCUGCAUUCACUAUUUCUGGUCUCCCAGGACCCUGCAUUCACUAGAUCUGGUCUCCCCGGACCCUGCAUUCACUAUAUCUGGUCUCCCCAGACCCUGCAUUCACUAUAUCUGGUCUCCCCGGACCCUGCAUUCACUAGAUCUGGUCUCCCCGGACCCUGCAUUCACUAGAUCUGGUCUCCACGGGCCCUGCAUUCACUAUAUCUGGUUUCCCCGGACCCUGCAUUCACUAUAUCUGGUCUCCCAGGACCCUCCAUUCAAUAUAUCUGGUCUCCCAGGACCCUCCAUUCACUAUAUCUGGUCUCCCCAGACCCUGCAUUCACUAUAUCUGGUCUCCCAGGACCCUGCAGUCACUAUAUAUGGUCUCCCCGGAUCCUGCAUUCACUAUAUCUGGUCUCCCGGGACCCUGCAUUCACUAUAUCUGGUCUCCCCAGACCCUGCAUUCACUAUAUCUGGUCUCCCCGGACCCUGCAUUCACUAUAUCUGGUCUCCCCGGACCCUGCAUUCACUAUACCUGGUCUCCCAGGACCCUGCAUUCACUAAAGCUGGUCUCCCCGGGCCCUGCAUUCACUAUAUCUGGUCUUCCAGGACCCUGCAUUCACUAAAUCCGGUCUCCCCGAACCCUGCAUUCACUAUAUCUGGUCUCCCCGGACCCUGCAUUCACUAUAUCUGGUUUCCCCGGACCCUGCAUUCACUAUAUCUGAUCUCCCCGGACCCUGCAUUCACUAUAUCUGAUCUCCUCGGACCCUGCAUUCACUAUAUC